UUGACUUUUAGUAUUUAAAAGGAACUUUAUGAUGGCAAUCCCUAUUUCCCACCGGAGGAUGAUUCGUGCGCGCUAACAAUGUAGUGAAAGCCGGAAGUGGCUGAAUCGUUGCGGAAAGUCAUGGCUGCUCGCUGUGUUAGGGUGUUGUGCCGGAGGUCGUGUUCCGGGACAGCCGCCGGGUCUCCCCCGGUAGUAGAGACAAGAAAGCCCGGGCUGUGGGGGCGGAUCAGGACCGGGAAAAUGGCUGUGUGGUUUAAAGGCCUUAUUCAUGAUUAUGGAGAAGCCUGCAAGGACAUUGUAACGGGGGCCAAAGAACGUCCUGGGAAAGCUGCCUUUUACAUCUCCCUUUUAGCAGGCGUUGGAGUUUGCUCUUCAAAGGCCCCAUCGGAGGAUUCCUUCCAGUGCUCCCUUCUGGAAGCCUCUUCCUCUCUGCUCCUCCUUUCUCCCUGGACACGGAGUGGAAAGUCCGACCAGCAUGUGCAGAAGCUCAUAACCCUGACAAACCAUGGCCGCCUGCGUCAUCUGAACUUCCUUCUGUUUUCUAUUGUCUAUGAAGCGCCUUAUGACCCAGAUGUUGACCUCUACCCGGCACACUGCCCUCACCUUCAACCUCGUUGGUUCGAUUUCCCCAGCCGGGUUCUAGAUGUUGGCUUUUUUGGGCGCUGGUGGUUCUUGCAGUCCAAGAUGAAAGACUAUGAUGUGAACGAAGAUGAAUUUGUUCACCUUCCCGAACAUAUGAGAACAAUCUCGCAUAAUGAUCUCCACUCACAGGACAACGAAAGACUGUUCCAAAUCAAGUAUCAACCGGUUCUAAUGCCUGGCGAAAAUCCAGAAAACUAGAAUAGGAAGACCUUGCACUUGUUUAGCCACAUAUGUAAAUUAUACAUGAAUUCUAGAAAAUAUAUCUAUGACUUUGUGGAAGUA